UCAACAACAGCAGCACCGAUUGAAGAGUGCUGGUUGGGGUGCGGCCACGAGUGCCGCGGCAGCAGCGGCAUCUUCUUUCAUACAGAACAUUGUUAGCAGCGCCGCUAACAACACAACCGGCACCGGAGGAGAGCUUUUGAUAUGUCAGUCAUAAUUGGAAGAUAGAAAAAUAGCUCCUUCUGUUACACUCACACAAAAAAACGAACACAAACUGUGUUUUUUAAAUCGAUUACUGUCAUACAAUCCUCUUUUUUGUUGAUUAAUUAUAAAGCUAAGUAUACACACACACACUUGCCAGUGCAGCAAGUAACGUGUUGCUUUCCGUGUAUCGAAUGUGGACCUUGCAAUUUCAAAGUUGGAAUAAUAUCGAGUUACCAUAAGUCAGCCGCUCUCCAAGCACCGACCGGGCCUAAUCAUCAGAAGUAAUAACACCCACAACCAAACUAAGUCUCGCCUGUAACAAUCGUACCCAAACUAAUAGUAGAACUAACCAUAUGAAUAAGUUUUGGGUGCUGACCAAUUUGAUUCAAAAUUCGAACGUGUAUCCAAUACCAAAAGCUGAGCACCAUCAGCAGCCGGAUCAACAGCAACAUCCGGCGGCACAUCAGCAGCAACAACAUCAGCAACCGCCACCAUCCCACCAGCAGCCUUCGUCGACUUCGUCGUCUAAGGGUGGUGGGAGCCGGCAUCCUGCUAACGCAAAUCACUCGAUAGGCCCGGCUGCGCCGGGUAUCUAUCACAAUCCUAGUGUUGUUCCUGGACCGACGCCUCCCAGUGCCAGUUCGGCGCCCAUCGUCCCAUCAUCGGCCAUAGGAUCAACGCAUCUUACGAAUCUCUCCGGACCUGCCGCGAGCGGUAGAGGCAGUAGUCAUCCUGCACCGCCUACAGGAGCACACAUACAGCUGAACGGCACGGUUUCGGACCACACCAAGUCACAGUAUUUGGGCAACAUGCAGGUUCAUCCGGCCCACAGUGGUAGCGCGCAUCACGCGCCUCCACCCCAGGGACCGCCGCAGCCCGCCCAUCCGCCCCCGCAGCAGCCGAUUCCGAUCGUGAAGCCGGAGUUCAAGAUGCCGCUGCCGACCCACGUGAUGGAUGUGCGCGGCCCGGACGGUUCGAUUGUCAAAAUCAACGUGCCGGAACCGCCGGACCCCAGCAAACCGAACAACGUCGAAAUGUUCAAAGUCAACAUCGAGGAUCUCAGUCAAUUUUUGUCGUACCAUGAAGUCUUCGGAAAGUUACCUUCCGAUAUGCUAACGGGCCCGUCCGCUAGCCUAGUGCCAUCAUCCGCUACCAAUACUACUACGGCCAGCGUCGGCCACAGUAAUGGUAAAUUAAACUACAUCCGUCAGCAGCAGCAACCUCAGGGCGAAUCGCCAUUCAAGUGCAGUUACUGUGCGAAAAGCUUUACCCGGAAGGAGCACCUGACGAAUCACGUGCGGCAGCACACCGGCGAGUCGCCCUACCGAUGUCCGUACUGUGGAAAAACGUUCACCCGCAAGGAGCACCUCACCAAUCACGUCAGAUUGCACACGGGUGAAACUCCGUACCAGUGCACCUAUUGCGGGAAGAAAUUUACCCGAAAAGAGCACCUUACCAAUCAUGUCAGGUUACACACCGGCGAAACUCCGUUCCAGUGCACUUAUUGCGAGAAGAAGUUUACGCGAAAAGAGCAUUUGACAAAUCAUACGAGGUUACACACCGGCGAAACACCUUUCCAGUGCUCGUACUGUCAGAAGAAAUUCACCCGCAAAGAGCAUUUAACGAAUCAUGUCAGAUUACAUACUGGAGAAACCCCAUUUCAGUGUACCUAUUGCGAAAAGAAAUUCACGCGCAAAGAGCAUUUAACGAAUCAUGUCAGAAUACACACUGGCGAGACUCCGUACCGGUGCACGUAUUGUGAGAAGAAAUUUACCAGAAAAGAGCGUUUGACGUAUCACAUAAGAUGGCACACCGGAGAGACUCCUUAUCAUUGCACAUAUUGCGAGAAAAAAUUCGCACGAAAAGAACAUUUAACGAACCAUGUCAGAUUGCACACCGGAGAGACUCCCUAUCAGUGCACUUACUGUGAGAAGAAAUUCACUCGAAAAGAGCAUUUGGUCAACCACACCAGAUUACAUACCGGUGAGACGCCCUUUCACUGUACCUAUUGUGAGAAAAAGUUCACCCGCAAAGAGCAUUUAACGAACCACGUCAGAUUGCACACUGGAGAGACUCCCUAUCAGUGCACAUAUUGCGAGAAGAAAUUCAGUAGAAGAGAGCGUUUAACGAUUCACACAAGAAUACAUACCGGAGAGACCCCUUAUCGAUGCACUUAUUGUGAAAAGAAAUUUACCAGAAAAGAGCGUUUAACGUAUCACAUAAGAUUACAUACCGGAGAGACCCCCUAUCAGUGUACCUAUUGCGAGAAAAAGUUUACGCGAAAAGAGCAUUUAACAAACCAUGUCAGAAUACACACCGGAGAGACCCCUUACCAAUGCACUUAUUGUGAUAAGAAAUUUACCAGAAAAGAGCGUUUAACGUACCACAUAAGAUUGCACACCGGAGAGACUCCCUAUCAGUGCACUUAUUGCGAGAAGAAAUUCACUCGAAAAGAGCAUUUAACCAACCACACAAGAUUGCACACUGGAGAGACCCCUUACCAUUGCACCUAUUGUGAGAAGAAAUUUAUGCGAAAAGAACACUUGAAAAACCACGUCAGAUUGCAUACCGGAGAAACUCCUUUCCAAUGUUCGUACUGCCAGAAGAAGUUUACGCGAAAAGAACAUUUAACCAAUCACACCAGAUUGCAUACCGGUGAGACUCCUUAUCAUUGCACUUACUGUACGAAGAAGUUUGCUCGCAAAGAACAUCUCACGAACCAUCUCAGAUUACACACGGGCGAAACUCCGUACCAGUGCACGUACUGUCCGAAGAAGUUCACUCGAAAAGAGCAUCUCACAAACCACCUCAGAUUGCACACCGGGGAGACUCCUUACUCGUGCAACUAUUGCCAAAAGAAGUUCACGCGUAAAGAACACUUAACGAACCACGUCAGAUUACACACGGGCGAAACUCCCUAUCAGUGCUCGUAUUGCCAGAAGAAGUUUACGAGAAAAGAGCAUUUGACGAAUCAUACCAGAUUGCACACCGGAGAGACUCCUUAUCAUUGCACCUAUUGCGAGAAGAAAUUUAUGCGAAAAGAACAUUUAACGAACCAUGUCAGAAUGCACACCGGAGAGACUCCUUAUCAUUGUACCUAUUGCGAGAAGAAAUUUAUGCGAAAAGAGCACCUCACGAACCAUGUCAGAUUGCACACUGGAGAAACUCCCUAUCAGUGCACGUAUUGCGGGAAAAAAUUCACCCGAAAAGAGCAUUUAACCAACCACAUCAGAUUGCAUACCGGAGAAUCUCCCUAUCGGUGUGACUACUGUAGUAAAUCGUUCACCAGAAAAGAACACCUCAAAAACCACGUCAGGCUCCACACCGGAGAUUCACCGCACAAAUGCGAAUACUGCAACAAAACGUUCACCAGGAAGGAGCACCUGAACAACCACAUGCGCCAGCACAGUGGCGACAAUCCGCACUGCUGCAAUGUGUGUAACAAGAACUUCACCCGGAAGGAGCAUCUGAUCAACCACAUGAGCCGUUCCCAUACCGGCGAGCGUCCGUUCCAGUGUGACGAGUGCGGCAAAUCGUUCCCGCUCAAGGGCAACCUGCUGUUCCACCAGCGCAGCCACACCAAGGGGCAGCCGAUGGAGCGGCCGUUCCGGUGCGACAUGUGCCCGAAGGACUUCAUCUGCAAGGGGCAUCUGGUGUCCCAUCAGCGAUCUCACACCGGGGAGAAGAACCACCACUGUCCGCAGUGCAGCAAGUCGUACGUGGAGCGGGGCAACAUGCUGCGGCACAUGAAGAAGACCCAUCCGGAUGCGGUCAUUCCGGUGCUGCCCAAGUUGCCGCACAUCAAGGUGGAACCGAAGUCCACCGGUGAGUACUUAACUCAGCCAACGUCGGCGGUGACGUCCCCGGCUCAGGCCACCUCCACAAUAACAUCGAUCAUCUCCAAUACACAUCCAUCGCAGCAUCAUCACAUUCAACCGAAAAUGGAACCGAAAACUCAGAUACAUCAUCUUCCGAUUCCUCAUCAGCAUCAGGCUCCCCAGUUGCACCACCCCAUAUCGGCGCCGAUGCACCUGCCCCCACCACCAAACCCCCAACAGUUAGCAGCACUCGCCCUCCACCACCAGGUGGCCCAACAGCAGCAGCAACAACAGCCGCAACAACAAUCCUCACCCUCAACGGGCCGAACACAGCCUUCUCCUCGUACAUCACAUCAGCCGCAGCAGCAGCAGCAGCCGCUUCCGGUGCAGCCGGUGCAGGUGCCCCAAGUGCCCCAGGUGCAACAACCCCAGGCGCCCCCGGAAAACCAACAGUCCCAGCAGCAGCCGGUCCAGGGCCCAACUGGACCCCUGCCACCACCACACCAUACGGUCCCGGUUACUAUUAUAACCCACGCUGGCACAAUUAAUGCGACCAUGCCGGAUGCCCGGACCAUCCAGAUGCACCAUCUAGGGGCGGCCCAAUCGGCCGAGGAGCACACGGUUGUCUAUUAGAACACAUGGAUGGAACACCGAAGCAAAAAAAAAAAACCACCAGCAGCCAAUCAACCAGUGAUGUGUAACUAGGAACAGUACCUGGAGUACCCUCGAAACACAACAACAACAAAUGUUAAAAGAAUAAAGUAUGCGAUUAAGGUAUAAAAUAUGAAACGUUAACUACAACAAAAAGGCGAAUUACGGAAAGAGUACAGAUUUGCAAUUAGUAGUUUUUAAACCUUUAGGAGGAACCCCUAACUCGUAACCAGUAAUAGAAAUAGUGAAAACAUGUAUGCGACAGCAAAAGUACUAAUACAUACAAGUAUGUAAACCUAUACAACUAUAUAUAUACACGUACACACAAGAGAAAAGCAAACAAUAAUAAGCAAAAAACAAAUGAUUCAUUUCUGUCUCGAUAUCAGAUAUCGACAAGAAUCAACCUAAAAGAAAUGUGAAUUUAAUAUGACAACAGUAAAGUUGGAACACACACAGCCCCACAAAAACUAAUGGUAAAUUAGAGAAACAAAUAUUGAAGUGGAAAUAUUGAGAUACCUAUUAUAUAUACAUUGUGUAAGAUUAACAACAAUAAAACACAAGUAAGACAUCAACUGUUUGAAACGUUCUUUUUUGUUCGAUACAAAAAUUGAAAUAAAUAAAAAAAAACACAUAAACAGCCAGUUGUGAUAGAUGAAAUAACACACAAACCAACCCAGACAUACCGUUAUUAAUAGCAAAACUGAACAAAAUGAAGAAAAAAACUCAAAUGCAGUAAAUGAAAAUCACCCUUAGGUAAAACUAUUACAAGAUGAAUCAUAGAAACCAAUACAUAAACAAAUAAACAAAUUGUUGAAAUAGGUGAAAUAAACAAAUAUUAAAUGAUUUUACACCCGCAGCAGAUGUAAGUUGAUUAGAACUGAACGAAAGGAAAUCAAUAAAAAAAAGGUUGCUGGACACACUAAAACACUAUUUUCGAAUGGAAACCAUUUACCGGACAAACGAAUGCUGAGAUAGGACUCGAGGUUCUUCGGAAGAGCCUUUGAGCUGUACGAGUAAACAGCUGCAACAGUGACAAACACUGAAUGAAUAGUACAACAUUAUUACAACAUGAACUAAGUAAUAUAUUAUUAACAUACAAAAAGAUAAGCAAAAUCUUUUGGAAAAGAAAAGCACCACGAUCUUGAGGAAUGUUUUUAACUAUAAAGUAAUAAUAAACCAUGGAACAGCUCUAAACAUCCAUCAUUCAUCAAGAUUGCACUGUCAUCCUGCUCUACAUUCGACGUUCGUGAGGAUCGUAAAGAAAGUGAAAAGCUAAUAAGAUGUCGCCAUAAUGUUGCCGCCAUAUGAAAGUUUAAGGAAAAAAAUACAAACAGACAUGGAAAAAAACUUGUCUCAGUCAAAACUCCCGCUGCAACCUCAAUAGUCACUGAUCAACUACAUUCACACAUCAACAGCAGAAAUGAGAACAAUAGAACCAGAAACUCCGUGACAGUAGUCAGCAAGUUGAUUGAGCAGAUUCAUACAAUAGAAACUAUACAUCCGAACAAGAGAAACCCUAUCCAACGCCAUACACGUAAAUGUACCAACCACAUCAUUCACCGAAGCCGGACGAGAAGAGAUUGCAGGUCCAUCACCAACAAUAGCAUACAAAGCCCAAUUGCAAGGCCCGAUGAUACAGAACAAUAGAAAGGUAACAUACCACAAACAAACCCCACUGAAACACAUAAACAAAAUGAAAUAGUACAUAGGAUUCCCACACAACAACCCAAGCCACUUUUAACUUAUACACAACUAACUUCAAACUACAAUACACAAACUCUAUACCACAGAACAAUUAUUUUUCUAUGUCAUGUGUGUGUUUUUUUACUCCCCUCAUCCUGUAUAAGAUGUAAGAAACUUGAGAGUGUUGAUGAACAACAAUCAGCGGAAAUCGCGAGAGGUUCUUCUAAUUUUUACAACAAAUAAGUAAUUGCACGCAGUUUUCCGGAACAACGUUUCUUGCGAUGGUUCAAAAGCAGGAAAAAAAAUUAAAUGAUUCAACUCGUUUCAAAAAGACAAGCCUCUCGAAUCGUUGUUCCGGUUCAUCGUGUGUCAUGUACACAGAAAUGCACUCAUUUGCACUCACACCAUGGUGUCGGAUAAUGGGUGAACUCCGCUUUGCGGAUGCCAUUCCUACUCCCACCGUAUCUAACCAUAACUUAACAAUAGUUCCAUAGAUUCUAUAAACAAUAGUAACCAGUUUUAUCCACAGCAAGCAUACUACGCCAUAGAAUAUAUCUCUGAGCAGAGUGUUGUCCCCUUACGGGUUUCAACACUCUCACAAUACAAACUAAUACUAAUUUUAAAUCACACACCAACUCACAACAAAUGCAUCAUAAAUAGUCUGGAAAAGAAUUCUUCUUCUGAUAGCAGUUUAAAAAACAAAUGCAGACACAUCUUGUGUCUUGCAAAAGAAAGAUAACAUAAAUGUAAGCUACAAAGUCCAUAGAGAAACCUUUACUAAGCGAAAGUGAACCGCAGAACACAUUGGUCGAUAAACAAACAAAAUGUAUAACUCUUGAUAGAGAACAACGCUUCAAUCCUACUGCUGAGGACUACUGGAAACAAAAAAAAAUACUAUGAAUAAAAGCCAACAAACAAAUUUCCAGUUAGGUUUUCGCAAGGAGCAACAGAUCUAUGAAAGAUGAAAGGUUUGAGUUUCUUUUUAAAAAUAUAUUUUAUUCUACAGCAAGGAUAGAUUGUACAGAUAAGAUAACGCAUUUGAUUUUUCAGCUGCAUUUUAUGUUAAUCUGUUUUUUUUUCCUACCACGACAAGCAGAUAAGCAGUAGCAGCAAUAGAGAAAACAUUUAAAACAACAAUAGUAUCACCGUUGUUACACUUUUCAGUGUAACGAAUCCUCUGACUAUAUGAACAAUAGCAAACAGGACAACUAAACAACAGCUUAUAAAGGCGCUUCAAUCUGGUCAUUCAUGUGUGCGCGCUAAAAAAACGCGCCACGUGAAUGCUAGACUAUCAAUAUCAACUAACACACAUCACCCAAUACUACAACCACAACUACACAGGAAAGAAAACUUAUUGAAAAUAUUUUUUUUGAAAACGCAGUCAGCAACAGCAAUAGCAAAAUCAAACUCAAACACGAAACUGAUUGCAAUAUGGCUUGGAUUUUUUUAACAUCAACAGAAAGAUCGAAGGUAGUUUCGUGUUUGAUGCAUCUUCAACUAGUAUUUUGUUUUAGUUUACAUUUUUAUUUUUUUUAAUACACCUUCAGAGCGGCCAAUUUAAAAAAGAAAUAAGCAUGCAUUCAAAUGUUCCGUGAGUCAACUCUUCCAUCUUUGCACAGUCGUCUUGACUUUUGGUUUAGUGAGCAAAUUUUGUUAGAGAAAAAAAAAGAUAAUCGGGAUCAUGAAUACAUAUUAAAGUUAGGUGUUUUCUAAGACCUUUGUAUGAAUUCACAUUAUGGAGACAGAUUCCUUUUAAAUAAGUUUAUUUUUCAAAAUUCAAUUGGGGCUGGCCCCUCCGGAUUUUCCAUGAUCUCAGACUUAAAGGUCCCCAAAACCUUUAUAAACCUUUCGUUUAAGCCAUAUUUUAGGUUGUAAAGAGAGUUUUUUUCGGUACAAAUGUGUAAAAUACGAAAUGAUGUUUUGUGUUGAUCACAAAUCGGUACCAAAAACAGAAUGAUAUCGUUUAAUUAAAAAAAAAACCGAUUAUUAACUUCAGUUUUGAAACACAGCAUAAACUUGACGAGCAAAGUUGAAACCACGGAACAAUAACAAUUGCAAUGCUUUUGGAAGACUUACACAAACGCUACUUUCUAGUCAAUUUAGCGGCUCCUUGAAUAUCGCUUUGAAUCAAAUCCAAAACUAUUAGAUUCCGCAGCUUAGUAAUGCAAGAAAAAGAAAAAAAAAUCAAAUUAUAACAUGGACUCAGAAAAGUAUAAAAACCAAACUACCCAGGUUAUUGCAGACAAUUGUGCACAAUCAGAGGAAGAAGAAUUUUUAUAAAACUUUUUUUUUGUGUUUCCUAUCCGCACCCGAUUAAUUAAACUCUCAAUCUUACAAAUGACGAAAAAUUAUGGAAGAAUCGUGAAGUUAUAUACAGCAAAAUAAAAUCUCAAUCGCAAUCGAAAGUCAUCAGUCUCUUGAAACAGUUGUUUUACAUUUAGUGCCCUGUUUGAGUAUGGAGUUCUUUUUUGAGAUUUGACUUGUCCCAUUUAUGCUCUUCAAUGAAAAUAAAAACUUCAAAUCAAUUCAAGUUUGGUCCGAGAAAAAUUUUACCAAAAUUAUAAUGUCUUUGAUAUCGAUAUGAUCCUACCUUCAAAUUACAGUCGUGUUCUUAAAAAAGAUCUACGUACAUCGAGGCCUAAAUUAAAGCACAUCUCAUAUAACGACAAGACAAACGUUGGUAAUGACAUCCUAAAAAGGCGAGAAAAAUGUAUCAUUCAUCAUUAUAAUACGAAUCCGAACAUUCUAUUCAUCGACAUCAUUCACUGAAAAAAGAUUUAAAAACAUUCGCGUACAUAUUCUCUAUCUCUAGGGUCUAAAUUAAAUGACAACUGAAAAUAUCCAAAGCCCAACCUGAUUCAGAGAAUAAUAAGAACAUUGAACCAAACUACUCUGCUGAUUUGGAAUGAUUUCUAAAUGAAUUGUUUUUCGUUUCUACUGUUUUCUGUUUUUAUUAUACACUUUUAUAUUGUGCAAAUCGUCAUACAGCUUAGCGAAAGAGAACCCGUUAUAACGAUUAUAUUUGAAGACUAUUUAGCGCAAAUCACGCUUCUUACAGAGCCAAUAGAGAAAAGUGCAACAGAAAUUAAAAAAAAAACCCAUUAAGCCUCACUAACAACACACAUUGAUUCAGUCAAGCACACACAUCUCCACAGUCUCAGUAAAAAAAAAAGAAUUAAAGAAAAAAAACAUAAUUUCUGAAGCAUUGAAUGAGCCUGUUUUAUUUUAGAAAAGAAACACGAAAGCUAUUUUGUUGUUCAAGAUGUUAUAGUGAAUGUAUAUAAAAGGAAAACAAAAACCAUGCCAACAAAGCAAAAGGCGAACAGAAACCAAAACGGCAAAGGGAAGAUUGAACCACACAAAUAACCACUCAAGUAGAAAUGAGCAAAUCUUACAAAGCAAAAGAAUAAUACAACUCUAGUAUUAGACAUUUAGCAGUGACAAAAAAGAACGUUUAGGUAUGUGUCUGAGAUAAUAGAAAGUAAAGAAGUAAAAAAAAGUACACACCCUCACAAACACACAAAGCAUUAUAAAUCUCAAAAAUUUCCAUUUUGAUUUUAUUUAAAAUAAACGGUUUAGAAAUUAUGAAAACUUUUACAGAAGCAAAAACAACUAACUUCUCAUUCUUACUAUGGUCGUCGGAGUCAUGUCAGUCAAUCGAUACUUCCGAGAAACUCUAUUGAGUGUUGCUUUAAAGUGGAAUCACACAGCUGUUAUGGUUCUAACCCACGAUCCCUGAAGGGUGUCAGAGAACAUUUCAACCGCUAAAUCGAGUGACACUCGUAAGAAUUUGUUUUCAGGACUUCAAGUCGCCUGGAUUUUCAUCGUGUGCUGAUUUUUUUUUCCGAAACGACAAAAGCAAAAUCAAUGCCACCAGGAAAUGCCAGUUCAAAAUUAUACCUUCGGUUUUCGGUUAUCUAUCUUGAGUGGUGGAGCAUUUUCGGAUCGUGGAAAUGGUUAGCAAAAUGCGACACCCAAAUAGGAAAAACAAAAUAUGGCGAUAAACGAAAUAACAUAAAAGAAAUAAUCUGAUAUAACAAGAAGUGAUAACAAAAACAUAAUGAGAGCAAGAAACAGGAGAGAAGGUGAAUGCUGUAUAUACACAAAAAAAACAGAAGAAAUUUUAUUUACAAUUUUUUCAGAAAAGUGAAAAGUGAAAAAAUGUGAAACAAAUCGUAAUUAGAAAACACAUACCGAGAGCAAGAGAGCGAUAAAAAAGAAGGAAGAGAAAAAUCUUUAUUGACGCGAGUAAGCGAGACGAAGGAAAUAAAACAAAUCACGUGCAGCUAAGCUGCAUUUUAUACGAAUUUUCUAUUAAAAUAUUAUUUUUAAUUUACAUUAAAUUGAAAGGAAAGAGAGCAAACAACAAGUUCGCAACCGAAGACGGAAAAUUGUGCGUAAGUUCGCAGCUAGUGUAAAAAGUUUGAGAAUGUGUAAAACAGGAGAACAUCCAAAUGCUUUUCUUUCGCCCAAAGUGAGCCGACAGGAAGCGUGGAAGGUUAACGGACAAAAUUUGAAUGUAAAGUAGGAUUUACCGCAUUUUUGGAGGUACCCAGGUAGGAAAAUCGACAUUUCGUGGCAAAGUGAACAAAUGUAUUAAAAUAAAACACAGUCGGUGACAGAAAUAAAAAAAAGGAACAGGAAAAUUCGGAAAAUAAGACGUUCGAAGGAAAAUAAAAAUAGAAAUCAAGUGUUAGGACGAAUAAAAGAAGAGAAAAAUAAAAUUAAAAAAAAAAAAACAAAAUAAAAUAUGUAGCGAUAAAUCGUAAGCGAGCAAGUUUAGGCAGAAAAAAAUUUACACUACGCAGAAGGUAACAAGUAAGGGACAAGUAUAAAAAUACGGAAAAAGAAGCGAAAAUAAAUCAUUACUACGUUCAGAGUGGAUGGUAAUAAUUUAUCUGAUAACAUUUAUUUAUUACAUUUGUAAGCAGAAGCAAGCCUAUAUAGAUUUUCUUUAUUUUUAAUAUUUUGUUUUAUUUUUAUACUUUUAGCUGCUAAUUUUAAUAACCCACGACGCGCAUAAUUCUAGGUUUAGAAUGCGGUGUUGCGCAAAAGUAAAAGUUCAGAGACCUAUAAUUUUCCGAGAAUUUACUACAAAAAAAAUCAACAUAAUAUAAUUGCGCCACAAUGUCCUCCAUGAUACAAAGCAGAACAAUAGUGAAAGCGAGUGCGUUAGAACGAUGCAGAAACUAGUCGUUUCCUAUUUCCCAGUUUUUGAUACUGCUGAGUAGAAAAAAAAAACAAUCAAGCAAAAAUCGCAUCAAUGUCCGUACUUAUACUUGAAACGGGUCGUUCCAAAAUGUGUGCUGGUGGAAACAAUCGGUUUAGACUACCAAAAAAAUAGAAACUUUCGAUGGAAUCAAAAAAACUAUUUCAAAGUUACACGCUGUAACCGAUCAAAAAUCGCGCAACUCUUCACAUGGAACAAUUAAAAUUGCCACCCUGCAAAACUGAUGCAAUUCACUAGCUUACAGAAUGUGCCCGUGGAUUGAAAAAUGAUCUAUCACGAACUAGGAACCAUUACUUUCUGCAUCAGAAGCGAACUUAUCCCUCCCCCAUUAUGGAAGAAAAAAAACUGUAUAGCAGGAUCAACACAAACCCGUAACAUACAAAACGACGAUAAUAACAUUGUAAAUGUAAGAGAAGCUGCGCCACAUUUGCAUUAUACAAAGAAAGUAAAAAAAAAACACAGCAGAAGAUAAAUCCAUAGAUACAGAAACCACAACAAAAUAGAAACAAACAGAUGAUGAUUGUAACAAAUGUAAAACAAUGGUGAAACUAUGAUUUCCGUAUGUAAGUUUUCUAACAGUUGGUUUGAUACAAACAGAUGCAAAUCUCACUGGAAUCCGGUGUAACUUAACGAAAGAGCAUCUACACAAAUUUGCUGAAUUUUGUCUUACAUUUUUUUCCUCGAUACUCGUUAAUUUACAGAUAUUCUAGUCAAUUUCUGUACUAAUAAGAUGAAAGUUGUACGUGUAAAUUUGUUCAAAUUUUUACGUCCAGAUUUCUUAAAACAGUUUUUAUUUUAAAUAUUUCAAGUGCAAAAUUUUACGGGAAAUAAACCUUACAAUCCUUCGCUAAGUUACGCCGGAACAGCACAGUUUUUGCUCUUUCUAUUUUUUUCUUUUCAAAUAGACAUGCAUCCACAUAUACACAGAAACUUAAUAGAGGAAGAAUGUGCGGAGGAAAACAAACAAAAAUAAUAAUAACGCAAAAAAAUGAAACUAAUCGAAAAAUCGCAAAGUACUCCCCCUGACUAUAAUGCCUUUUUAGUUUCCCUAAGUUUGAUUUUCGUGCGCUUUGGACCCGAAAAAAUAUUCUUACACACAAAAUGGAAGAUACGUCCUAUUAAUUUCUCUUGCUAUUUUUUAGUUAGCUGUAUAUUAAAUGCAUAAAAAAUAACGAAAAAUAAAGGAUCUAGAUCGUGAUGUUUUGUAAAGUCAUUAAGUGAAAGAAAAAAAAAUCAAGUAGAAGAUGGACAAAAUUUUAUUAGGUAUAUAAACAUACACAUAAUUUUUUUUAUUUUAAGUCGAAAAAGAUAAUAAAAAAAAACAAAAUCUUUAUAUGAAACAAAAAUUGAAAAAAAUGAACUCACGCAAAACAAACAAAUCAGUGAAACGAGAAUGAGAAAUUUGUUUCGCAGUGUAACACACCAGAUACGCGACAAACGGACGGACCUGAACUUUCGCUGUUCGUGUAGUUUAAGUUUUUCUCGUUUUUUUUUCAUUCAUUCUUUCGCCCUUAGUUUUUAGCUUUUGUUUAUUGUCAAACAAAAAUACAGCCAGUAUAAUGUAUCCUUAAUGUUUCAAAACUAUAAAUUAUAUUAUCAAAAUUAAUAAAUGUUUUGAAUAUAAA